UGGGUGGUAUUAGUUGACAAACGAUAGCUCCGGUAACACGGCUGUCGGGCUGUAAACUGACAUUCAACAGGCGAGAGUAAACGGAACUGCUGGGCUGAAUAAUAACUGCGACUGGAUUGUUAUAAAAACAAAAGUUCACCAAGUAGUUUUUUUUUCUUCUAUUCUAACUUUUCUAUUCUAUUCGUCAACAAUCAGAAUAUCUACAUUUUCUUUUUUUCAUCGUCGACUUAGAUGUUGUUGCUGUCUCCGACUUGAUUUGUGACUUUAUAUCAAUGUAGUGUUAUCGGACGGACCGAUAUUUUUGUUCAGGUGGUCGACCACUGCCCCCUUUUCGGUUGUUUACUUGCUGGUUGCCUUCACAUCACCCGCUGUGUAUGAGUUACUUUCUCUUUACUAAUUCUAUGUGACAUUUGACGCAAUUCUAGCUACUACUAUGGCCGAGGCAGCCCAACAACCACAGCAGGUUGAGAUCGAUCCGGAUUUCGAGCCUCUCGCCCGGCCCCGCUCCUGCACGUGGCCCCUGCCGCGUCCGGAGUUCAUCACCCCGGGCGAUUCCAACACCUCCUCUCCCGCCCCUUCUGUCAAACAAGAACCCAGCAGUAACUCCGACUUCAUCUCCAGCCUCAGUUUAUUAGAAGAGACUGAAGACUACCCCGAAGAGGAUCAGAAACCCACCAUCCUCUGCAAUGAUUUCCAAUGUCAGGAAAACUGCAUCCACGACCACCAACAGCAUCAUCAGCAGCAGCAGCAGCACCCGGGGAACAGCCCCCAACUCCCGCAGCAACAGGUGCUUCUGCUCUCCUCCCCGGCCGGGUCUGCAUCUUCAGUAGCGGCUGCGGCCGCUGCAGCUGCCCAGCGGAAAAGCAGCUCAUCUCGGCGUAACGCCUGGGGCAAUAUGUCUUACGCAGACCUCAUCACUAAGGCUAUCGAGAGCACCCAGGACAAGAGGCUUACCUUGUCUCAGAUCUAUGACUGGAUGGUGACGAACGUGCCUUAUUUCAAGGACAAGGGAGAUAGCAACAGCUCGGCUGGAUGGAAGAACUCUAUCCGGCACAACCUGUCCCUCCACAGUCGGUUCGUCCGUGUGCAGAACGAGGGGACAGGGAAGAGUUCCUGGUGGAUGCUAAACCCCGAGGGAGGGAAGACUGGGAAGUCCCCUCGACGUAGAGCAGCCUCCAUGGACAACAACAACAGCAAGUUCGCCAAGAGCAGAGGACGGGCUGCUAAGAAGAAGUUGUCUCUCCAGGGUGGUCCUGACGGGGGAGCAGACAGCCUAGCGGGAGGCCCCUACUCCAAGUGGCCCGGCAGCCCCAACUCCCACAGCAACGAUGACUUUGAUUCAUGGAGCGGUUUCCGGCCGCGCACCUCCUCCAACGCCAGCACGCUCAGCGGUCGCCUCUCGCCCUUCAUGCCCGAGGACGACCUCGGAGACGGGGACGUGCACAUGGGCUACCCAGGAUCCUCUGGGGCCAAGAUGGCGAGCACAUUGCCCAGCCUGUCAGAGAUGGCGAGGUCUCUAGGCAACCACCACCACAGCUCAGACAACGUUAUGGAGAACCUUCUGGAUAACCUGAACCUCCUCUCUCCCAAGAACACCCCGGUUGGAGGAGGAGGGGGUGUGGGACAGGGGUCAUCCCAGAACUCCCCUUCCCCCCUGAUGCAGUCCAGCCCCGGGGUAGGGGUGGGCUACCCCUCCUACUCCUCUCCCUCCAUGGUCCCCCAGCAACAACCCCAGCAGCAGCAGGACUACCGCAAGUGUCGGUACAGCCAGGCAAGGAUGAAUGCUCUCUCCCCCAUGUCCCCCAACCCCAUGCAAACCCUGGGGGACAUCAAGUCCAGCUUCAGCCCAUCGUCUCUGGGUCAAUAUAACUGUCCUGCCGGCCUCCUCAAGGAGCUCCUGACCUCAGACUCUGACCCCCACGGGGACAUGAUGCCCUCGGUCGACACGGUGGUCUCUCAGUCUAGUGCAGGGCGAAGCAGCGUACUACCUUCAUAUAAUGCCUCUCAGCAUGGAGGAGGAGGAGGAGGAGGAGGAGGAGGAGGAGGAGGAGGAGGAGGAGGAAGAGGCGGGAGUCUUCACCCCCACCCACACUCUCACUCUCACCCCCACGGACUCCCUCAUUCCCAAACCCACCCUCACCUCCACAACCAAACCCCACCCACUUCUGUCUCGUCCAUGAACGGCUGCAACCUGAUGUCUCUGAGCAGUUUGAGCCACAGCGGGGGAGGGGGUAACGCAACCUGCCUGGGGGUCAAGAACCCCAUGCAGGUGCCCUACGGUCUCUCUACCCAUGGAGGACCAGGGGGGAUGCCCGGUGGGUUCUGCCCCAUCAACACUAACGGAUAUGGGCGUCCCGGCCUGGGUCUACCCCCCGCCCCCCCCCACCACCACCCCCACCUGGAGAAACUGCCCAGCGAUCUGGACGACAUGUCCAUUGAGAGGUUCGAGUGUGAUAUGGAAUCCAUCCUUCACGACACCCUGAUGGAUGGAGACUCGCUGGACUUCAACUUUGAACCCAUGGUGACCUCACAGGGGUUCACGACCCAUGGGGUCAAGACGACCACGCAUGGCUGGGUGUCGGGGUAGAGGACGGAUGGACAUACACGUGGACUGACGGACACACACACACACACAGCUGGGUGUCUGGGUAGAGAACCAACAAACGAUCGCGCGCACACACACACACACACACACACACACACAGCUGGGUGUCUGGGUAGAGAACCAACAAACGAUCGCGCACACACACACACACACACACACACACAGCUGGGUGUCUGGGUAGAGAACCAACAAACGAUCGCGCACACACACACACACACACUCUCUCUAACACACACACACACACACACCCACAGUUGUGUGUUUAAAUAGAGGACGGACUCUCUCAUACAUAGAGGAUCCUCUCUGACCAUCUUUCCUUCCAUCUGGUCUACCAGCUGACUUCCUCUUCAUGUUGCUUUUUAUUACUGGGUCAUAAACACUUAAAGCAUCUCAGAAUCACCAUGGAAACUAACUGGCAGAGCAAAAAACGCCCCCCCCCUUACCUUCUCCCUCCGUCCUUCUAACGGUGCCCUAGUCAGUGACAUGCAUCAUCUUCAUCACCAUCAUCAUUGUCAUCAUUAUCAUCGCCGUCGUCCUCAUCAUCGUCAUCACAGAUAUUAUGGUCACAAAAGACUUCUCUCUGGUCGAAGCAGUCAGACAGGCAGUCAGACAGGCAGUCAGACAGGCAGACAGUCAGUCAGACAGGCAGUCAGACAGACAGACAGACAGUCAGUCAGACAGACAGACAGACAGACAGACAGACAGACAGACAGUCACACAGACAGACAGACAGACAGACAGACAGACAGACAGACAGUCACACAGUCACACAGACAGACAGGACUGCUCCUGUCUCUUUCUCCCUCUGAUGUAACGUAUCUGUGUAAAUACAAAGAAAGUGCCAGUCCGUGGAGCCAAACUGAAACGGGCUUUCUCUCUGUUGUUGCAGGGCACUACGGCUGUGACUGUGUGCUUUCUCUGUUCUGUUCAAGUGCCAACUAUAUCUCAGUCACUGCAAAGUACUUUGCUGUCAGUACCCACGUAAUGUCAUCAUCAUGCAGAACCUUGUUCCGACUGAAGCCUUGGAUGACAGACCAGCGUUCACAGAACAUGCCGUACACAUACACACACACACACACACACACACACACACACACACACACACACACACACACACACACACACACACACACACACACACACAUACACACACACACACACACACACACACACACACACACACACACACUAUAAUUAUGACUAGCUGAAUAGACCAGCUGACUGUCCCAUCAGGCUGAACAUCAAUGACCUGCGGUACCAAAUGGAACCCUAAUCCCUAUAUAGUGUACUAAUGGCACCCUAUUCCCUAUAUAGUGUACUACUGGCACCCUAUUCCCUUUAUAGUGUACUACUUUAGACCCUAUAUUGUGUACUACUUUAGACCAGAGCAAAUAAGGCUCUAUAUAGACCAGGCCCCAUAAAGCUCUAUAUAGACCAGGGCCCAUAAAGCUCUAUAUAGACCAGGCCCCAUAAAGCUCUAUAUAGACCAGGGCCCAUAAAGCUCUAUAUAGACCAGGCCCCAUAAAAUCUCUAUAUAGUGUACUACUUUAGACCAGGGCCCAUUGGGAUCUAUAUAGUGUACUACUUUAGACCAGGGCCCAUAAGGCUCUAUAUAGUGUACUACUUUAGACCAGGGCCCAUAAGGCUCUAUAUAGUGUACUACUUUAGACCAGGGCCCAUUGGGCUCUAUAUAGUGUACUACAUUAGACCAGGGCCCAUAAGGCUCUAUAUAGUGUACUACUUUAGACCAGGGCCCAUUGGGAUCUAUAUAGUAUACUACUUUAGACCAGGGCCCAUUGGGAUCUAUAUAGUGUACUACUUUAGACCAGGGCCCAUUGGGAUCUAUAUAGUGUACUACUUUAGACCAGGGCCCAUUGGGAUCUAUAUAGUGUACUACUUUAGACCAGGGCCCAUAAGGCUCUAUAUAGUGUACUACUUUAGACCAGGGCCCAUAAGGCUCUAUAUAGUGUACUACUUUAAACCAGGGCCCAUAAAGCUCUAUAUAAACCAGGGUCCAUAAAGCUCUAUAUAGUGUACUACUUUAGACCAGGGCCCAUUGGGCUCUAUAUAGUGUACUACAUUAGACCAGGGCCCAUAAGGCUCUAUAUAGUGUACUACUUUAGACCAGGGCCCAUUGGGAUCUAUAUAGUAUACUACUUUAGACCAGGGCCCAUUGGGAUCUAUAUAGUGUACUACUUUAGACCAGGGCCCAUUGGGAUCUAUAUAGUGUACUACUUUAGACCAUGGCCCAUUGGGAUCUAUAUAGUGUACUACUUUAGACCAGGGCCCAUAAGGCUCUAUUUAAGGGAAUGGGGUUCCAUUUGGAACGCAGUCUUAACCUGACAUCAGUGUGCCUUUGUGUCUAAGAAUGCACCGCUAAAUGAUUUGGACUGCAUGAGAGAGAAGGUAGAGGGAAGAUACAGAGAAGAUAGAGGGAAGAUACAGAGAAGAUAGAGGGAAGAUAGAGGGAAGAUACAGAGAAGAUAGAGGGAAGAUACAGAGAGGAUAGAGGGAAGAUAGAGGGAAGAUACAGAUAAGAUAGAGAGAAGGUAGAGGGAAGAUACAGAGAAGAUAGAGGGAAGAUACAAAGAAGAUAGAGGGAAGAUACAGAGAAGAUAGAGGGAAGAUACAGAGAAGAUAGAGGGAAGAUACAGAGAAGAUACAGAGAAAAUACAGGGAAGAUACAGAGAAGAUAGAGGGAAGAUACAGAGAAGAUAGAGGGAAGAUAGAGGGAAGAUACAGAGAAGAUAGAGGGAAGAUACAGAGAAGAUAGAGGGAAGAUAGAGGGAAGAUACAGAGAAGAUAGAGGGAAGAUACAGAGAAGAUACAGAGAAGAUAGAGGGAAGAUACAGAGAAGAUAGAGGGAAGAUACAGAGAAGAUAGAGGGAAGAUAGAGGGAAGAUACAGAGAAGAUAGAGGGAAGAUACAGAGAAGAUAGAGGGAAGAUAGAUGUAAUGUGAUAUUUGAUGGUGAGAGGAAGGGGGGUGGUUGAAAGUUAUGAACUGUACAUCCGGUUUGCACAAACCUGGUUGCAAUGACAACGUUACAAACCUGAUUUUUGGUUGGAAUGAUGUCAUUUCAACCGUCUUUGCCCUCAGGCAGUGUGUGCUGUCGGGUGCUUAGGACUCUCUACCUAGGGAUUCCUGGACUUUGUUACAUCCAAACACCUUUUCUUGUAGCCCUGAUAUGGCUGUAGCCUGCAUUGUUAUGGCAUAGAGCAUACGCCUAAUGCCAUAAGACACCAUAAUAAUACCAGGUUAUACCGGAGUUUAUACAGCCGUAUCAGGACUAGUGUUCUUGUUGCCUGGUUCAUUGUACAGUAUUUUCUGUCAUUAGAUGUGGACUAUGUCAUCGUGUAGUCGUGUAUCAUGUCAUUAUGUGGACCAUGUCAUUGUGGAGUCGUGUGACAUUAGAUGUGGACUAUGUCAUCGCGUAGUCGUGUAUCAUGUCAUUAGAUGUGGACUAUGUCCUCGCGUAGUCGUCUAUCAUGCCAUUAGAUGUGGACUAUGUCAUUGUGUAGUCGUGUAUCAUGUGACAUCCUGUACAGUACAGAGUUGAAUUGUAAAUCAGGAGAAGUAACGUGUUGUGAAUCGGAAAAAGAAAACUGGACGUGAUAUAGGUUGUGUCUGAAUUUGCACACUAUUCCCUAUAUAGUACACUACUUUUGAACCCCCCUGUAAAGUAGUGCACUAUAUAAGGAAAAGUGUUCCAUUUAGGAUAUAGUUAGAGUUUCACUUUAAACACAAAGUGGGAUGGAAAUUGGUCGUCUCUUCUCUCUUAUGAGGGUGCUUCUCAUUCAAACUGUUCCACAAACAAUGUUCUGUCGUUUGUUUUAAUUAUAUUUCUUAAUGUAAAUAAAUUAAAUAUAUAUAAAUUCAGUAUAUAUACAGUACCAGUCAAAAGUUUGAACACAUCUACUUUUUCUUUAUUUUUACUAUUUUCUACAUUUGAGAAAAGUAAUGAAUAACAAUGAAAUAACACAUAUGGAAUGAUGUAGUAACCAAAAAAGUGUUAAACAAAUAAAAAAAUAUUUUAUAUUUGAGAUUUUUCAAAGUAGCCACCCUUUGCCUUGAUCACAGCUUUGCACACUCUUGGCAUUCUCUCAACCAGCUUCAUGAGGUAGUCACCUGGAAUGCAUUUCAAUUAACAGGUGUGACACGUUAAAAGUUCAUUUGUGGCAUUUUUUUCCUUCUUCAUGCAUUUGAGCCAAUCAGUUGUGUUGUGACAAGGUAGGGUUGGUAUACAGAAGAUAGCCCUAUUUGGUAAAAGACCAAGUCCAUAUUAUGUCAAGAACAGCUCAAAUAAGCAAAGAGAAACGACAGUCCAUCAUUACUUUAAGACAUGGUCAGUCAAUACGGAAAAUGUCUUCAAGUGCUGUCGCAAAAACAAUCAAGCGCAUAGAUGAAACUGGCUCUCAUGCGGAUUGCCACUGGAAAGGAAGACCCAGAGUUACCUCUGCUGCAGAGGAUAAGUUCACUAGAGUUACCAGCUUCAGAAAUUGCGGCCCAAAUAAAUGCUUCACAGAGUUCAAGUAACAGACACAUCUCAACAUCAACUGUUCAGAGGAGACUGUGUGAAUCAGGUCUUCAUGGUCGAAUUGCUGCAAAGAAAACACUACUAAAUGACACCAAUAAGAAGAAGAGACUUGCUCGGGCCAAGAAACACGAGCAAUGGACAUUAGACUGGUGGAAAUCUGUCCUUUGGUCUGAUGAGUCCAAAUUUGAGAUAUUUGGUUCCCAACCGCCGUGUCUUUGUGAGAGGCAGAGUAGGUGAACGGAUGAUCUCCGCAUGUGUGGUUCCCACCGUGAAGCAUGGAGGAGGAGGUGUGAUGGUGUGGGGGUGCUUUGCUGGUGACACUGUCUGUGAUUUAUUUAGAAUUCAAAGCACAAUGAACCAGCAUGGCUACCAAAUCAAAUCAAAUGUUAUUGGUCACAUACACAUGGUUAGCAUAUGUUAAUGGGAGUGUAGCGAAAUACUUGUGCUUCUAGUUCCGACAGUGCAGUAAUAUCUAACAAGUAAUCUAACAAUUCCCCAACAACUACCUAAUGCUCACAAAUCUAAAGGAAUGGAAUAAGAAUAUGUACAUAAAAAUAUAUAGAUAAGCGCAUCCACCACAGCAUUCUGCAGCGAUACGCCAUCCCAUCUGGCUUGCGUUUAGUGGGACUAUCAUUUGUUUUUCAACAGGACAAUGACCCAACACACCUCCAGGCUGUGUAAGGGCUAUUUAACCAAGAAGGAGAGUGAAGGAGUGCUGCAUCAGAUGACUUGGCCUCCACAGUCACCCGACCUCAACCCAAUUGAGAUUUUUGGGGAUGAGUUGGACCGCAGAGUGAAGGAAAAGCAGCAAACAAGUGCUCAGCAUAUGUGGGAACUCCUUCAAGACUGUUGGAAAAGCAUUCCAGGUGAAGCUGGUUGAGAGAAUGCCAAGAGUGUGCAAAGCUGUCAUCAAGGCAAAGGGUGGCUACUUCGAAUAAUCUCAAAUAUAAAAUAUAUUUAGAUUUGUUUAACACUUUUUUGGUUACUACAUGAUUCUAUGUGACAUAGAAAAUAGUACAAAAAAAAUAAGAAAACCCUGGAAUGAAUAGGUGUGUCCAAACUUUUGACUGGUACUGUAUAUGCACACACACACACACACACACACACACACACACACACACACACACACACACACACACACACACACACACACACCUGAGUUUGUUGUUUCUGUGUUCUUUGGUUUGUUCACUCAGUCAGAAGCCUCAGUAACUACCAUAAGGCCUGGAGUAACUACCAUAAGGCCUGGAGUAACUACUAUAAGGCAUGGAGUAACUACCACAAGGCCUGGGCCUGGAGUAACUACCAUAAGGCCUGGAGUAACUACCAUAAGGCCUGGAGUAACUACCAUAAGGCCUGGAGUAAUUACCAUAAGGCCUGGAGUAACCACCAUAAGGCCUGGAGUAACUACCACAAGGCCUGGGCCUGGAGUAACUACCAUAAGGCCUGGAGUAACUACCAUAAGGCCUGGAGUAACACCAUAAGGCCUGGGCCUGGAGUAACUACUAUAAGGCAUGGAGUAACUACCACAAGGCCUGGGCCUGGAGUAACUACCAUAAGGCCUGGAGUAACUACCAUAAGGCCUGGAGUAACUACCAUAAGGCCUGGAGUAAUUACCAUAAGGCCUGGAGUAACUACCAUAAGGCCUGGAGUAACUACCAUAAGGCCUGGGCCUGGAGUAACUACCAUAAGGCCUGGAGUAACUACCAUAAGGCCUGGGCCUGGAGUAACUACCAUAAGGCCUGGAGUAACUACCAUAAGGCCUGGGCCUGGAGUAACUACCAUAAGGCCUGGGCCUGGAGUAACUACCAUAAGGCCUGGGCCUGGUGUAACUACCAUAAGGCCUGGGCCUGGAGUAACUACCAUAAGGCCUGGAGUAACUACCAUAAGGCCUGGGCCUGGAGUAACUACCAUAAGGCCUGGAGUAACUACCAUAAGGCAUGGAGUAACUACCAUAAGGCCUGGGCCUGGAGUAACUAGCAUAAGGCCUGGGCCUGGAGUAACUACCAUAAGGCCUGGGCCUGGAGUAACUACCAUAAGGCCUGGAGUAACUACCAUAAGGCCUGGAGUAACUACCAUAAGGCCUGGGCCUGGAGUAACUACUAUAAGGCCUGGAGUAACUACCAUAAGGCAUGGAGUAACUAGCAUAAGGCCUGAGCCUGGAGUAACUACCAUAAGGCCUGGGCCUGGAGUAACUACUAUAAGGCCUGGAGUAACUACCAUAAGGCAUGGAGUAACUAGCAUAAGGCCUGGGCCUGGAGUAACUACCAUAAGGCCUGGGCCUGGAGUAACUACUAUAAGGCCUGGGCCUGGAGUAACUACCAUAAGGCCUGGGCCUGGAGUAACUACUAUAAGGCCUGGGCCUGGAGUAACUACUAUAAGGCCUGGAGUAACUACCCUAAGGCCUGGGCCUGGAGUAACUAGCAUAAGGCCUGGAGUAACUACCAUAAGGCCUGGGCCUGGAGUAACCACCAUAAGGCCUGGAGUAACUACCAUAAGGCCUGGAGUAACUACCAUAAGGCCUGGAGUAACUACCAUAAGGCCUGGGCCUGGAGUAACUACCAUAAGGCCUGGGCCUGGAGUAGCUACUAUAAGGCCUGGGCCUGGAGUAACUACCAUAAGGCCUGGGCCUGGAGUAACUGCUACAAGGCCUGGGCCUGGAGUAACUACUAUAAGGCCUGGGCCUGGAGUAACUACCAUAAGGCCUGGAGUAACUACCAUAAGGCCUGGGCCUGGAGUAACUACCAUAAGGCCUAGGCCUGGAUUCAAUGUGAGCUGAUCAGUGUGAUCACCAUCUCAGUCCCUCCUCUUGCUCAUCCAGACAUGGUCAAUAUCUGAGCUUUGUACAAACGACAACGCAGGUUAUGUCAUGUGUUGCUUUUCAACGUGUCAAUACAAAAACCGAGGAUUAUCUGUCAAAGCAUAUCAGUGACUCCAAUUGGGAUUUUUUUUCUCCGUUGUCAUUCUAUCGGUUAAGGAUGUCUGCAACAUGUGACUCUUGAAGACAGCUGAUUGGUUAUUGGUUGAGAGUAAAGCGCAUUGGUCAUGUGGUAGUGUAGUCGAGUAGGUAUUCGUCGGCAUGAAACGGAAACUGAUAUUCAAGCUAUUAAAUAUUCACGUUUAUUGUCAUGAUUUACCGUAGAACCACACAGAGAGUUAGGGAUGCCAGAGAGAUGUCGAGAGAGAUGCCAGAGAGAUGCCAGAGAGAUGUCGAGAAUGGGACUGACAAUUUGUGUUUCCCAAACGCCAUCCUAUUCCCUAUGUAGUGCACUACGUUUGACCAGAGCCUUAGAAGUAGUGAACUAUAUAGGGACUAGAGUGCCAUUUGAGAAGUCAACAUACAGAGGGGGAGUUACAGAAGCUGCUGGAAGGCAUUAGUGCCAGACGUUGUUGCCUUUACGUUGCCAAUACAUUGCAUAUAAGUUGCCUAUACGUUUCCUAUGCGCUAACUCUACGUUGCCUAUACGUUGACUAUAAGCUGCCUAUACAUUGCCUAUACGUUAACUAUUUGUUGCCUAUACAUUGACUAUACGUUAACUAUAUGUUGCCUAUUCAUUGACUAUACGUUGCCUAUAAGCUGCCUGUACGUUGACUAUAUGUUGACUAUACGUUGCCUAUAAGCUGCCUGUACGUUGACUAUACGUUGCCAAUACAUUGCAUAUACGUUGCCUAUACGUUUCCUAUGCGCUAACUCUACGUUGCCUAUACGUUGACUAUAAGCUGCCUAUACAUUGCCUAUACGUUAACUAUAUGUUGCCUAUACGUUAACUAUAUGUUGCCUAUACGUUGCCUAUACGUUGCCUAUACGUUGCCUAUACGUUGCCUAUACGUUGCCUAUACGUUGCCCACCCAAACAUGCCAUAUACUACAGCCAAGUUCUGCCUUUUUGAAGUUGAGAUAAUAUAUUUAUCAGUUAUUUCAAGUGAUGUGUACAGAGUUAUAUUGAUAUAUUGAUGCAUUAUGUACGUUUGUGCCGGUCACUCAUUUCACGAUUUGAGAUAGAUAGAAAUCAUAGAUAUCAAAAGAUUUGUCAAUGUCAAAGAGUUCAAUCCAAAAAAAAUAUCACAAUUGUGAUCUUUACGAAGAACUGUAAAUUAUUUAUUUGAAUGAAAACAUUUACUGAUGAUUCAACCUAAUGAUUCAACCUAAUGAUUCAACCUAAUGAUUCAACCUAAUGAUUCAACCUAAUGAUUCAACCUAAUGAUUCAACCUAAUGAUUCAACUUAAUGAUUCAACCUAAUGAUUCAACCUAAUGAUUGAACCUAAUGAUUCAACUUAAUGAUCCAAUCUAUGCAUUUUAUCCCUUGAUUUUGAUUCGUGUUGCUAUUCUAUAAUUUUUUAUUGUCACUUUAUUUUGCCCGAAGACAGACAUGUUUUUAUUGUAUCAUAGAGCUGUGAAAUAUUACGGUAUAUUAUGUUGUUGUCAGAACGAUUGUAUGUUUUAAUCAGUUAUACGAGAAAAAAAUGAAGUAUAUUUAGAAAAUAGAUGAUAUUGCCAAGCUUUUUGUAAACUGACCCUGUUAUUCUUGUAUUCAGCUGCGGUUUGUAGGAAAGCUUAAAAUAUUAAGUGGAAAUAUAUGAUAUAUCUAUAAACCUCUUGUGAGAAGCUAAGAAAGCUAAAAAAUAAGAAACUUUCUGGGACAAUCCCUACUUAGAUGGUGGAUUUUGGACCAAUUUAUAUAAUUUAAAGAAUAGAAAGCUAUUUACUUUUACAUUUUAUAAAUAACAAGUGCUCCUCGUGAACAGAGGAAGAAAGAAAACAUAUUACAUGUUUUAAAAAAUGAACUGUUACAUUUCUUAAUUUAUGUACAUGAAUAAAUUGGAUGUGUGCUGUGUAAUUUGCAAUCAAAAAGAAUAUAUAACUUGUGUAACUUUAAUGUAUUAAAACAUAAAUAAAUGUA